AUGUUGCCGUCAACGUCGUGGGUUACGGCGGAAGGUUCCCGGAGGCGGGAGAAGCAGCCGGAGGUCUCGUGCUCGAUGUCGGUGAGUUGCACCGUGGAAGGCUCCCACCGUUACGUCUUGGCGGGGUACUCUCAGGCGAAAGGAAUGGGGGUCGGGAAGUUCCUUUCGAGCGAGGUCUUCUCAGUGGGAGGGCUUCGGUGGGCCAUCCACUUCUACCCGGACGGCCUUGGCCCAGAGGACAAUGGUGGUUACGUGUCCCUCUUUGUCACCCUGGUCACCGGGGAACCAGACUGUCGAGCGCUUUUCGACCUUGCUAUGACCGAUCAGAGAGGCAAAGUACGGUACAAGAGGGACACCAUUUCUAGUCGCUUCGAACCUGUCAACCUCAAGGGAAACGGCUGGAGUUGGUAUGUGCGCCCUCCGCCGUCUGCAGAUUCGCUUCCUGGUGUGAGUCACAAACAUGACGAGUUCCUUCUAAUUUUGCCGCUGCAAUUGCAGGGGUUCUAUAAGGUUUAUCAAGAAAGCAGCUCUGGAAAGAUCGAACUUUCUCCAGAACGAUUCUCUUUUUUUCGAAUGUGCAAUCAGCGUUGUCAAGACUCGCACGGUGACGCCCAUACAGUGGAGUAUUCCUGUUCCGACGUCGGACUUGGGUCGCAGCCUGGGUGAACUAUUGAGGACUGAGAUGGGUUCCGACAUAGUCUUUGUAGUCGCCGGCGAGUCUUUUAAGGCCCACAAGUUGAUUCUUGCCGCUCGCUCUCCCGUCUUCCGUGCCCAGUUCUUCGGUGGGAUCGGGGAUCCAAAUUUAGAUAAAGUCGAUGUGGAGGAAAUAGAACCCCCCGUUUUCAAGGUAGCUUCCGUCAGCAUUCUCUGAUCAUAAUUAAUUAGCCUAUUUGUUUCGGCUACGCCUUUAUCUGCUUAAAUAGCGAGUUUCCUUCAAUAAUGUUUACCUUGAAUACGCCACUAUUCCAAACGGAGGGGAGGAGCUGGGGAGAGUUCGAGAACGAUGGGCCUGUUUCUGAUAUCAAGAACAGUAAUGCGUUUCAGGUGGAAGCAUAUAGCCGAUUUCAUUCCUGCUCCACUGAAUGGAUCGGGUGAUGGUAUCCCUGUAUGAAGCAUAAUUUUUCAUCUGGAUGUGAAUAUUUUCUGCGGUUUUUAUUUUCUGUCUGCAGGCGAUGCUUCAGUUCAUCUACUCCGAUGGCUUCCCGGACGUCCAAGAGCUCGCCAUGUCCAUUCCGAUGUGUAACCCGACGAUCUUCCUCCGGCAUCUCCUGGCCGCUGCCGACCGUUACUGGCUGGACCGGCUGAAGCGCUUUUGUGAGCUCAAGCUGUCAGAGGAGAUCACGGAGGACACAGUGGCCGACAACCUGGCUCUGGCGGAGCGGCAUCGCUGUCCCGGGCUGAAGGCUGCGGGUCUGGAGUUCAUUGACCGGUGCCUCAAAGGUGGGUGUAGUUGUUUGUCAGUGCGUUCCUGA